AUGUGGUGGUGGGAUUACAGUAGAAUUGUCAUGGGAGUGAGACUGUUCUGCAUUUCUAUUUUGUCUCGUUUCUCUGCAGAGAUUCGAGAGGCGUUCCGAGUUCUAGAUAGGGAUGGGAACGGAUUCAUCUCGAAGCAAGAGCUGGGCAUGGCCAUGCGCUCUCUGGGGUACAUGCCCAGUGAGGUGGAGCUGGCUAUUAUCAUGCAGAGACUGGACAUGGACGGUGAUGGACAGGUGGACUUUGAUGAAUUUAUGACAAUAUUGGGACCUAAACUUGUUUCUUCUGAAACCAGAGAGGGCUUCUUAGGAAGUACAAUAGACAGCAUAUUCUGGCAGUUUGACAUGCAACAGAUGUCCCUGGAGGAGCUCAAACACGUCCUGUUCCACGCCUUCAGAGACCAUCUCACCAUGAAGGACAUCGAGAAUAUUAUCGUCACCGAGGAAGAGAGCUUGAAGGAGAACUCAGGAAACUGCCAGACCGAAUUUCAGGGAGUGCAUUCGAAAAAGAAGAAUCGCCAGACGUGUGUCCGCAAGAGCCUCAUCUGCGCUUUUGCAAUGGCCUUCAUCAUCAGCGUCAUGCUCAUCGCAGCCAAUCAGAUGUUGCGAAAUGGCAUGGAGUAGCCCCGCCCACUGUGAACCCUGCUUGAUCUGACCUCUCUUAAGAAACAUGCUUCAAAAACUCCACUUUCUUUUAGAGCGUGGGGAGCCCACCGAGCAGAGGAUUUGAAUCCCGAGAGCGAGUUUUGUGUUUGUGAUUGUGAUUGUGACAGACUCUUAAACGGCAGUGAGGGAUGUCCUCCAU